AUGCGUUUCGCCUCUUACAUCUCGUUGCUGUCCAUCCUCGGGACCAGCGUCUCAGCCUGGGACGCACCAGGCUACGAUGGCUACCGGCUCGUCUGGGCCGACAGCUUCGCGGGACCCAGCAAUGGGCUGCCGAACGAGAACAACUGGAACAUCAUCGACGGCAACAUUGGUGUCAACAACGAGCUGCAGACGUACCGGCGCAACGCACGCAACGUCCAGACCAGCGGCGGUUACACGCUGCAGGUCGUGCCCUGGCAGGACGGCUCCGACUGGACCUCGGGCCGCCUCGAGUCCAAGUACACCUUCACGCCACAGGCGGGCAAGCGCACCAUGGCCGAGGCCCAGAUCCGCUUCGGCGGCAACAACAUCGACACCAAGCAGGGCAUCUGGCCCGCCUUCUGGCUGCUGGGUGACUCCAUCCGCUCCGGCACCGCCUGGCCCGGCUGCGGCGAGCUGGACAUCCUAGAGACGGUCAACGGCCAGCUGAACGGCUACGGCACCAUCCACUGCCACGUCUACCCCGGCGGCGUGUGCAACGAGCCCAACGGGCGCGGCGCGUCGGUGGCCAUCCCCAACCAGGACUGGCAGCGCUGGCGCAUCGUGUGGGACCGCACCUCGGGCGACUGGCGCGCCCAGUCCAUCACCUGGUUCAUGAACGACCGCCAGUUCCACCAGGUCCGCGGCGACCAGCUCAACGACCAGGGCGUGUGGGAGAGCCUGACGGCCAAGCCGCUGUUUUUUAUUCUGAAUGUUGCGGUGGGCGGGAACUGGCCUGGUUACCCCAACGGAAACACGCAGGGCGGGUAUGGUGCCAUGAUGGAGGUUGGCUAUGUUGCUCAGUACUCUUCUUGA